GAUGUGGGUGGUUUUCACAGGGUUUUGGCCAGUUUUUAGAUAAGAGAAAAAAGCAAUAAUUAAGAGAGAUAUAAAUGGGUUAGAGAUUUUCCUGUAGUGAAAAUGGAAUUUCCAGAUUCUAUAUUGAAAAUUGUUUUCUGAAAAUUUAUCUGAUCUGUGGGUCCAAAUCAAGGCGAAUUCUACAUGAACUUGUUUUCUGUGCAAAUUCUGUGGAUUUUGGAUGAAAUAUUGAAAUGGAACAUAAAUCCCUUCCUCAAAGAUUGGCUGUACUGCCUUCUGCCAUAGUUGACUUGCGGACGAGCCUUGAUAUUGAAUUUUAGCCAGUAAACUAGAUUAAAGAAUGUCAAAGAUUCCUGCUUUAUGAAUUUUUUUGGUAUGGUUUCUGAAAUAUGGUGUUGCUGAAGAGUUUAGACUAUGGAUUUAAUGGCUAUCGGGUGCCUCCCACUCCACGUGCUGCCAGAUCGGCAAGGAGGAGGUGUGAAUUUAGGAGGAAUGAUUAUGUCCAGAAGAUGUGCGCAUUUGACUUAUUGGCUACUGUUGCUGGCAAGUUACUGCUUGAGGGGGACUGUUCUUCAAAAUCUGUGGAUACAUCUUCUGAUAAGGAGCAACCAGAAGUUGUGGAAGGUUCUGAUAAGAAAGGAGAAUAUGAUGAAAAUAAGCCUUUGGAAGAAAAAUCUUGUGAACAAGAUAGCUGUGAAAGAAACUUCUUAUUUACGGAGAUUGUAUCACAAGCUUCUAAUUCAAAUUUCCAUGCAAAUGAAUUUGGACACUGCCAGAAUGAUGCAUGUUCAAGGCCUGCAUCUGUAAUAACUUCUGAGAGCUCAGAAAAGGUUCGUUCUGCAGAACCAAUGCUCAAUGAUGAUUGCAAGCUUCGACUUGGAAUUUUUCCUCAUCCAGUAGAUGUUGAGUCUUCUGUUUGUAGAUUAGAGGGUGAAACUAAGAAACAGAUAAAGAUUGAGUCCUCGAAUAAUCGGAAUUUGGCAAUAAAUAAUUGGGCUGAUACAUGCAGUGUGCGGGAUUCAGAAGCUUGGAACAGAAAACCUUCAGCUUUGGUUAGUUCAGCUGAUAGUCAAAAGUUUCCUGUUUGCAGCAAACAAAUUCUUUGUGGUUCUUUCCCUAUUAAGCAGGAUGUUGUAAAGUUAGUUACUACAGAUGAUGACGAAAAGACUUCUGGGUGCACAAGACCGAGCACCGCGAAUAAGGCCUUUAGGCCACCGCCACCACUCCUUGGAGAUUGCAAAACUAGGAAGUUGUUGACAUCUAAGUAUUGGAAACCAACUCCAAAUUCAAAGGAUUACGAUUCUCAUGCAGAAAGAUACAAUUACCUCAAUAUGAAUAAAAGUUACAAGCGCCAGAGAUCUCAAAGAGAUUAUCCUUUCAAAAAACGGAAUUUUUUUUACUGCAGCUCAGUGUCUAAUUCUGAUGAAGGAAUUGGCAGUGAUGGAAUAUGUAGUGUGCCUGAGAAUGGCUCCGCUGGCAGUGCAUUAGGUUCUGGUCCAUCUCUGCCCAUAGUUGAUCUGACACCAAAUGCAGUUUCAACGCCUCCAACUUCUUUACGUGGUGAACGUGCUUCUUUCCAGUCAAGAAAUUCCCAUGUGAAGCUCAAGAUCAAGUCUUUUAGGGUUCCAGAGCUAUUUAUUGAGGUUCCUGAAUCUGCAACUGUUGGUUCUUUGAAGAGGACAGUUAUGGAAGCAAUGACAGAAAUACUUGGUGGUGGACUACGUGUUGGUGUACUUCUUCAGGGAAAGAAGAUUAGAGACGAUAAAAAAACUUUGUUGCAGACUGGGAUUUCUCAUGAUAACAAAAAGUUGGAUUCUCUGGGUUUUACCCUUGAGCCUUCUCGUACUCAACCUCCCUUGUGUCUAGAAGAUCAUAGUUUUGAACGACCUUGUGAUACUCCACAACCACUAGCAAGUCCUCCAGAAGUAUCAAAAUUGGCCACUUCAGUAUCUUGUCUUGCUGAUGAUAGUUUACUAUGCUUUGCCACCAGGUAUCCUCCUAUGCCCAAUGUUGGUCAAAUUGCUCAUCCACAGGGUAAUUUGGAUACUCUGUCAAAUCCUACAGGAACUAAAGUAUACAAUUUCAUUGAAAGUGAUCGUGAUUCAGCUCCUUUCCCUCCCAGUAUGUCUUUGGAGAAAACUACAACAGACUCAAAAGCAUUGGUUUCUGUUCCCCCAAUGAAAGCAGAGGAACUAGCUAUAGUUCCCAUGCGGAAAUCCAAGCAUUCUGAGUCAGCACAACGCCGAAUCCGUAGACCGUUCACCGUUUCUGAAGUGGAAGCACUGGUUCAGGCAGUUGAGAAGCUUGGAACAGGAAGAUGGCGUGAUGUUAAGCUGAGAGCUUUUGAUAAUGCAAAACAUAGAACUUAUGUGGAUUUGAAGGAUAAGUGGAAAACUUUGGUGCACACAGCGAGAAUCUCCCCUCAGCAAAGACGAGGUGAGCCUGUGCCUCAGGAGCUCCUUGAUAGAGUCUUGACAGCACAUGCUUUCUGGUCCCAACAGCAAGCCAAGCAACAGCUCAAACCUCAACCCCAGACUUGCCUUCUUCUCUGAGUAAUUCACUGUACAAAACUGGCAGCAGCAUAUUAUUGUCAAAGGAACACUACGCGUUCUUAGAGCGCGAUAUCUGAUUAUUUUUUGUGACUAUAAUACUUGAUUAUGUAAAAAUGUCUUUGUCAAAAAAGCAUUAUAUGUAAUAGUUAUCGUUCUCGGGGUGAUUUGUUUCCUGCGAGGAGGGAUGGCAUUUGUAAAUUGUUGACAGAAUAAAGUGUUAUGAUGGUAGAAAUUUUUUAAAAAUAUAAUGGUACAAGAUUUUUGUUUCUUUAUUUGAAGUUAGGAAAAAUUCAUUUGUUUGUAAAAUUUGUAGCAUGAACUCUGAUUCAUUUAA